ACUCUCAAACUACAGAUAUGGGGCUUUAUUGCAAGAGUUCGUCAGCAUCUUUCUCAACCUUGUGCCUCCUUUAUAUUAUUCAUUUCUUGUGCUUCAACUCGCCAGCAGCCUCUGCUAUUCACAGGAACAAUGAGACAGAUCGACUUGCAUUGUUGGAACUCAAGGCCAAAAUAAUUAAUGACCCUUUUGGAGUCAUGAGCUCAUGGAAUAGCACUCUUCAUUUCUGCCGCUGGUAUGGGGUCACCUGUGGGCGAAGACACCAAAGAGUCACAAGGUUAGACCUCCAAUCCCUCAAACUUUCAGGUUCCAUAUCACCACAUGUUGGUAAUUUGAGCUUCUUAAGGAAGUUGUUCCUUGGAAACAAUAGCUUCAGCCACGAGAUCCCUCCUCAGAUUGGCCGUUUACGCAGACUGAAAACGUUGUCUCUUGCGGACAAUUCAAUUGAUGGUCAAAUUCCUCCGAGCAUAUCUAACUGUUCAAACCUUAUCAUCAUUGAUUUGGCUGAGAACAAUCUUGUAGGAGAAAUCCCUGUGGAGCUUUGUUCCUUGCUGAUGCUAAAAUUCUUCGGUUUAAAUGGCAAUAAUUUAAUAGGGACUCUCUCACCAUCUUUCGGGAAUCUGUCGUCCCUUCAGAUGCUUUAUGUAGGUGCAAAUCAUUUGAAAGGAAAUCUCCCAGAAACUUUAGGCCAAUUGAUGAGUCUAUGGCUUUUAUCAAUUCUCGAAAAUGGAUUUUCAGGCACGAUCCCUCCCUCCAUCUUCAAUCUUUCUUCGAUCAAGGUUUUAGACCUGUCAUCUAACCAAUUUCAAGGGAACCUUCCCUUGAGCAUUGGAAACUCUCUUCCAAAUCUCCAAUUUUUUUCUAUCGCUGAUAACCAAUUCACUGGCACUAUUCCAACUUCAAUUUCUAACGCCUCAAAUCUAGAAUUUCUUGAUCUACCCGUAAAUAAUCUCACCGGAAGAGUGCCUUCUCUUUACAAGUUGCAUAGGCUUUCAGAAUUCGGGAUUGGUGGCAACAAUUUAGGAAGUGGAAAAGCUGAUGACUUGAGAUUUCUUUCCACUUUAACUAAUGCCACAGCUUUAGGACGCCUACAAAUAGCCGAAAACAACUUUGGAGGGGAACUUCCUCAACACAUUGCCAACUUUUCAAAGGAGCUCCACUUCUUAGACAUAGGAAACAAUCAGAUAUCUGGAAACAUCCCAGAUGGAAUUCAGGUUCUUGUUAACUUGGAAGAUGUCGUCGCAGUAGCAAACAAACUCUCAGGUAACAUUCCAUCUGCCAUUGGACAGCUUCAAAAUCUGAAAGAACUUUACCUUGGAGGUAAUAAUUUUUCAGGAUAUAUUCCAUCAUCUUUGGGAAACCUGACAAAUUUACUUGAAAUGGAUUUACAUGAUAAUAAACUUCAAGGUACCAUCCCUUCCGGUCUAGGCAGGUGCAAAAAAUUGCUCACACUAGAUUUUUUUAGAAACAAUCUUAGUGGUCCCAUACCCCCACAAGUUAUUGGACUUUCCUCUUUUUCAAUAGUUUUUAAUUUGUCCAUAAAUAAUUUGUCUGGUCCCCUUCCAAAAGAAGUAGAAAAUUUGAAAAAUCUAGGAAUACUUGCCCUUAAUGAGAACAUGUUGUCAGGGGAGAUUCCCAGUGGUCUUGGCAGUUGUACAAGUCUAGAAUUGUUAUUCAUGAGUGCCAACCUGUUCCAAGGGUCCAUUCCUUCCUCUUUUGGUUCAUUAAGAGGCAUUAGAGAGUUAAAUCUUUCUCAUAAUAAUUUAUCGGGCAAGAUUCCAGAGUUUCUAAAGAGCUUCAACUCAAUAGAGCUUUUGGACUUGUCUUAUAAUGAUUUUGAGGGCAUGGUACCAGUAGAAGGAAUUUUCAAGAAUUCUAGUGCUACCUUUAUGGUAGGAAAUAAAAAUCUAUGUGGUGGCAGGCCUGAUUUUGGACUACCUGUGUGCAAGUUUGAACAAUCAAAGAGGAGACCAACUGCAAAAUUAAAGAUCAUAAUUUCUAUGGUUUUUGUGGUUAUGGGCGUUGCACUUUUGCUUGUUUCUUUGCUUCUUUGGCGCCAUUCAAGAAAGAGAAGAAGAGAAUCUACAUCACGAUUUGAUUGCAAUUCACUAUUGAAGUUGUCUUAUAAAAGUCUGCUUAAAGCCACCAAUGGAUUCUCUUCAGAUAAUUUAAUUGGUAUUGGUAGCUUUGGAUCUGUAUAUAAAGGAAUUCUUAAUCAAGAAGAAAUGGUAGUUGCAGUUAAGGUGCUUAACCUGAUGCGAAGAGGAGCUUCAAAGAGUUUUAUAACCGAAUGUGAGGCCUUACGAAAUGUCAGGCAUCGAAAUCUUGUGAAAGUACUCACAGCUUGUUCAGGAGUUGAUUAUCAUGGCAAUGAUUUCAAAGCAUUGGUUUAUGAUUUCAUGGUUAAUGGGAGCCUAGAUGUCUGGUUGCAUCCAACUCUUGGAUUAGAUGAGGUGCCAAGGACUUUAAAUGUUUUCCGCAGAUUGAAUAUUGCUAUUGAUGUUGCUUCUGCACUUGAAUAUCUUCAUUGUCAUUGUGGAACGCCAAUUGUUCAUUGUGAUCUAAAACCAAGUAAUGUCCUUCUCGAUGAAGAAAUGAUCGGACAUGUAAGUGAUUUUGGGUUAGUAAAGUUCCUUUCUAUUGGCAUGCUUAACUAUUCAACGAAUCAAUCUAGCUCACUUGGAAUAAGAGGAACUAUUGGUUAUUGUCCUCCAGAAUAUGGUGUAGGAAGUGAGGUAUCAACACAUGGUGACGUAUAUAGUUUUGGCAUACUUUUGUUGGAGAUGUUCACAGGAAAGAUGCCAACUGAUGACAUGUUCAAAGAGAAUUUGAACCUUCACAAUUUUGUAAAAAGAGGUUUGCUAGAACAAGUGAAAGAGAUUAUAGAUCCCAACCUUUUUCAGAUGCAACUCAAUGCAGACGUAAUACAAAAUCACGACCACAAUUUUAUGAUAAGGAGAAACAACAUGUUCAUUGAAUGCUUGAUUUCAACAUUAGAAAUUGGAAUCUCUUGCUCUAUGGAAUCACCACAAGAGCGCAUGAAUAUGAGUGAUGUUGUUGCUCAACUCUCUUCCAUUAGAAACAAACUUGUUGGAACUAGAUUACCAAGGGAGAGAGAAACUGUAAGUGCACUUCCAGUGGCAGGUACUCAAGAUUGAUCAAUUCAAGCAGAAUGUUCCUUGGUCUAUGCAAUCUCUCCAAUUAGUUGUAUUUGGUAUGAGGAUAUGUAAACUUAGAAAUAAUAAUAAGCGAUGUUGCAUUUGGUAAUGUCUCCAAUUAGUCUAUGGUGUGCCAUUGUUGUGUUCUAGGAGAUGGGGUUUGUGCCUUAACUACCACCCCUUGUGGUGAUCUUGGUAGACUAGGAAUGUUUGGUUAUUGGUUGUAUUUGAACUACGUACGAUGAUCAAUAAUAUUAUU